GUAGGCAGUAGGUAGCAGUAGAUAUCCUUUUCAAUCGUUCCGUUGCAUGUUAGGGAGAUCUUUAAUAAAAAUCUUCAAUAAGUAAGGAUGAGUGCCAAAAAGAAAUAUCCCAAAGACGCUACAACACCAAUCACUGAACUCCGAAAUGAGCUUACAAUUGACAUCGAUGUUGGCACUGCAACUGACAUUGCAAGAACUCUUCGCCAAUGCGACGCACAGAUAUUCUCAGGCUGGAAAGACUUUCCAAGUGUCCUUGACGAGAACACCAUCGAAGCGAUGGAUAAAGUAGCAGAGAAAGCAAAGGAGAUUUUACGAGACAGCAGUGGAAACAAAGCCAUAGUUAUCAGCGGUUGUGGUACAUCUGGAAGGCUUGCCUAUUUUCUGGCUCAUAAAUUUUCCCAGCUCGCCGAAGCUCAGCAGAUCUCAGCGUGUUACGAUUAUCUUAUCGCAGGGGGAGACAUUGCUCUGUUUACAUCACAAGAAGCGCCAGAAGAUGACUGGAAAAGAGGCGAAGAAGAUUUAAUACACUUGUCUCGCAGUAAAAAACAAGUACUGUUUAUCGGUAUAACAUGUGGUCUUUCUGCGCCUUAUGUUGCUGGACAGUUAGACCACUGCAUGAGACACCGUGAUACCUUCAUUCCUGUUCUUUUGGGAUUCAAUCCUGUACAUCAGGCAAGGAAAAACCCAAUAGAACAAUGGGAUAAGUCAUUUUUUGAUGUUGCUAAUGCGUUAGAAGACUAUGACAAAGGAAUCAUUCUUAAUCCAGUUGUUGGCCCAGAGGCUAUUACAGGGUCCUCACGCAUGAAGGGAGGAAGUGCCACCAAGAUACUUUUGGAGUCUAUUUUACUUAAAGCACAUGCCUCUAUAUCCCAGCCAAGAUCAGUGCUUAACAGACUGACUGAAAUUCUCCUGAUGUAUGAGAACAUGUACAGAAGAACUUACUUGAGUUGUUCCAGCAUUGCUUGUGCCAUUGAGCUGGCUGCUGAGAGCCUCAAGUCUAAUGGCCAUGUAUUCUAUAUUGGAUGGGGAUUAAAAGGAUUUAUGGGUCUUUUGGAUGCCUCUGAGUGUGUCCCUACAUUUAGUGCUAACUUUGAUGAUGUGAGAGGCUUCAUAGAGGAAGGGUACAGUACUCUUAACAACAGGGAAGGAGAGCUAAUGCUUACUGAAUCCAAAAAGCUUUGUAUUUCAUUGGAGGAUUUUCAAAGCAAUUUUUUGCCUGAACUAACCUUACACGACACAGUAGUAUUUAUUUUGCCUGACAACAAGGUCUUUCAGGAAGUUACCCAAUUGAUCCAUCUGAUUAAAGAGAAAGGCACACAGUUAAUUGGCAUUAUUUUUCAGAAAGAAAGUGAAUUAAGUAACCUUUUCAAGAGUUGCAUUCAUGUGGAGGGAAAUCAUUCAUCAGGAUGCCUCAAUGAAGAGGGUUCAUCAACUCCAAUAUUACUCACUGAUUUUUUAAACCAGUGUCUGCAGGAGAUUUCUAUCAAGUGGAUUCUUAAUGCAAUUUCAACAGGAGCCCAUGUGUUGAAAGGCAAGGUCCUAAGAGGUCUCAUGAUUGAUGUAAAAGUUAGUAACAACAAGUUGUUCCAUCGAGCCAUAUCUAUAGUUUCUACUUUUGCCAGAGUCGAUCAGAAAUGUGCUUUGCAUGCUGUUCUCAAGGCAAUAUACAGAAGAGAUUCCAUUGAUGAUGUUCUCAAUCUACAGAUUUCUGAGCAUGUAGCCAGAGGAACUGUAAUGGAUCAAGUGGUACCAGUGGCAGUGCUAAUAGCUACAGACAAGUUCAGUAUUGCAUCUGCCGUGGAGGCCCUGAGGACAAGUACUGUUUCCCAUAUUCUUAAAAGUCUUGGACUUGUAGAGUAAUCUGAUGUAAUGAAAGGAUGGAAGAUGAUCAUUUUAAAAAUUACCGCACAAAUUUGAAGAAUGAUUAAACAAACUCUUAUUAAUUAAACCCAUUAAGGAGCUCAUGUUGGCUUCAUGGCUCAUAGAGAACUUAUCAUCACUGACAGUCAAUUUUUCACUAUUAUUAAUUUUAGAGAAAAUUAUACUGAAAAAGCAAGGUGAAGUGUGAUCAUGUACUUUGUAAAAAAUAAAUACAGAUUAUGAAAUGAGUAAAAUAUUAUUCAAAUAAAAAUUAUCAACAAGUCAAAAAUUAACUUCCAAAUAAGACUGUCAUAUGAAAUGCAAAAUAAUCUUUAUUGUACACAUAAAUUUAAUUUAAUGUUGCAAAUUUACAGGAAUAAUUUCUGGAUACAUUAGCUUGUUCAUACAUGUAGUUUUACAAUACAAACAUCUCUUUAAAAAUCUCUUAAUUUGAAAACAGUUUUUGAAAUUUUGG